AUGUCCAAGGCAUUGUUCGUGUGUCUGACGGUGCUAACUGCCGGCGAACGUCUCGGCGAGAACUCCGCCCUGGAGCCGGAGGUAUACAAGCCCUUGCCAACGCUUUGCAGUUAUGGUGCGGUGAUUGACCUCCAAGGAGUGUACCAAGUCCUCCAAGACGUUGUGAUCACGGUGACCCGAGGGUGCAAGCUGCAGGGAGUUGCUAAAGGUGCAAUCAUCCUUCUGCAUGCACACCUCACCUUCGAAGAAACAGGUUCUGAUGAUGAACCAAUUUCUCUCGUUGGUGCCAUACGCUUCGUGGGGAAGAAAUCCUUCAAGCAAGCGUGUGUGACUGUCAAUGGCCAUCUCAUAAUUGGUGGUGAUGAUUGGGAUCCGGAUGCCAACGUCGAAUUCGUCAGUUGCCACAACAAGGGCACGACGUCUUAUGGCGGGGCGCUGCACGUAGUGAACGGCUUGACCGUGCGAUCUGGCUUUCUCACGAUCCGGGACAGCAGCAGCUCGGCAGGUGGUGGAGGUCUUUACAUUCACAACGAUGGGCUUCAUCAACGGGGUGGGAAGAUCCUGUUGCAGAACUGUGGAUCGGAUGGCCAUGGCGGAGGCCUCUACGCCGGCACAGCCGGUGGCUUGCAGCAGGAUGCUGGUGACAUCAGCUGUGUAGGGUGCACUGCAGCUCAGCAUGGGGGAUGCCUAGACAUCGAUGGCAUUGCACGAAUCGGCGGUUCCAUCUACGCGGAGAAGUGUUUCGCUGGCUCAGGCGGUGCUGUCUAUGUGUCCGGCGAGUUGGUUUCCUGGGGUCUCCUGGAGCUGGCUGGCUGCAGAGCCAAAGCAGGCGGCGGUGGGGGGCUCCUGGUUAAGUCCGACUUCACCCAACAUAACGGCAGCAUGAAGUUUCGGUCAUGCGCUGCCUCCGAAGAUGGAGGUGCGAUGGAUCUUGGCAAAAACAUGUAUGCAUCGGGCACUAUGGCGUUCUACGCAUGCCGCGCAGAUGGCGAUGGCGGGGCCAUCAAUCUCCAAGACGACCUCCAGCAAGCAGGUACUGGAAACAUGAGCUUCGCCUCUUGCGCUGCGCGCCGGGGAGGUGCAGUGGCCGUUCGCCGACUCGAAACAUCUGGCAUCGUGAAGUUCAAAGAUUGUCAUGCGGCAGAUUCAGGUGGUGCCGCUGUCGUGGAGACCGACUUCGCUCAAAAAGCCGGCCGCAUGGAGUUUGAGUCAUGCACUGCCGGAAAAUCAGGAGGGGCUGCGGUUAUCCGUGGUGAUCUUGUUUCUGACGGCCAGUGCAGCGUCACGGCUUGCCGCGCAGAAGAAGGCUCUGUCCUCGAGGUCUUGGGCGACAUUACAGUCCAGGAAUUUCCGGCAGAUUGCCCAGAUGGAGAGAAGAACUUGACAGGAAUGUUUCUGGUCGACUGGCUGCCGAGCCUUGAUGGAAACUGCAAAGUUAGGGGCACAGGUGCUACAGUCCUUCUCAAAGAACCUCUGGUUUUUGAAGGAGCUGUUGAGUUCCUCGGGCUGAUCACCUUCAUUGGACUGUCACCGAUGGAACAAGCUUGCGUGACUGUGCACGGCUCCGUCACCAUUGGUGGCUCGGAUGAAGCUGACAUCCUGUUCGCAGACUGCCACAACGAGGACAACACGUCUGCUGGUGGAGCGCUCCAUAUCGCGCAGGGCCUCACUGUCGUCUCUGGUGCUUUGGAGAUUGUGCAGAGCAGUAGCCUCAAAGGUGGUGGAGGGAUCUAUGUCAACAACGGCAGUCUCCACCAAAUGGGUGGCAGCAUCAAGAUGAACACCUCCAAUUCAGAAGAAUUUGGGGGAGGCCUCUUGAUCAACAACGGCAGUCUCGUCCAGGCAGAUGGACAGAUCAGCUGCCACAAGUGUUCCGCAAAGCGUGGUGGAUGCCUGGCACUGAAUGGGGUCAACUACAGCUUGCAGACGAAUGGCUCCAUCGAAGCGGAGGACUGCACGGCUGAUGCAGGUGGUGCACUGCACAUCGCUGCGGGGAAUUUGACUUCAUUUGGCCGGAUCAUUUUCAGCCGCUGCCAUGCUCAGGAAGGGCCAGGUGGUGCUGCCUGGGUGCGGGGCACCAUCUUUCAAAGGAGAGGCAGCAUGACGUUCGCAUCGUGCACGGCAGGUAGCAGAGGUGGCGGGGUGGAGGCGACGGGCAGCUUCGUGCAAGAGGGAGGAUCUCUUUCCUGCCAAGCCUGCAAUAGUCAACGUGGAGGUGGUUGUAUGCACGUUGUCGACAAGUUCGUCCAGUCCAAGGGCGGCUCCGCCAACUUCAAAGCUUGCAACGCAUCCGGUAACGGAGGCGCUUUGAGCAUCGAGAAGGGUGUCUACUUGGGUGGCAACAGCACCUUUCAGGACUGCAGCUCCACCGGCCAUGACGGUGGCUGCGUUCACACCAUGGGCCAUGUGGAGUUUCAGGGCUCUGCCAUGUUUACAGGCUGUGAAGCUGCUCGAGAUGGUGGUGCCGUGUCGGCCCGAAGUGCGGAGAGCGGUGCGCGCAUCACCUUCGACAGCUGCCGGGCAGCAUGGAGCGGCGGUGGCCUGUACCUCGAAGCGUUUCGUCAGACAGGCGGCUCGGUGACGUUCGCAUUCUGUCGGACAAAUAUCGGCAGCGGAGGAGGUCUGUACCUGCGAGGGGACUUCCGGCAAGAUGGUGGGCAUACCGGCUUCGACCGUUGUGAGGCAGACGACGGCCAGGGUGGCGGCCUGUGUAUCGAAAAAGGCUCAUUAAUACAGAAGGCUGGGACCCUGGACAUCGAAUCGUGCAAAGCAGGCAGCGCAGGUGGGGGAGGAGCCGUGGAGUUUAACGUCGUUCAGCACGGGGGCAAGCUUUCGGUUGCAAACUGCUACAGCAAAACGGAUGGAGGCUGUUUGCACAUUGGCGGCAACUUUACGCAGGAGUCCCGUGGCGUGGCUCAUUUUUCUGUUUGCCGCGCCCAGCUCGGGGGUGGUUGCCUUGGCGUAAAGCAGUCCGUCCACGUUGAGGGCUCCACUUCGUUCCAGUCGUGCAAAGCUGCUGGAGAAACCAGAGGAAGCCUUGUACCAGACAUACCAGGUGGAGGUGGAUUGCUUGUUCAUGGCGACUUCUUCCAGAAUGGAGGAGCCAUCCGGUUCGUAAGCUGCAUGGCUGCCAAGGGCUGUGGCGGCGGACUGCAAGUCCUUGAUGGGAACCUCACAGCUGCGUCUGGGGACAUGUUUUUUUUGCAAUGCUGGGCGCAAGGUGCUGGCGGUGCAUAUGUAAAAGAAGGCCAUGUUCACACACAGGCCCAUGCAACGAUGCGCUUUAAAAGUUGCACAGCAAGCCGUGGUGCGAGUGGUGGAGGUAUGGGCCUUCAGCUUGGAAGCCUCUUCCAGCACGGUGGUCACAUCAGGUUCUCCAGCUGCGAAGCACCUGGUGGCAAAGGAGGGGGGCUAGCGCUGCUCCAGGGAUCUCUGCACCAGUUCACCGGUAGCCUGGGCUUCGAGGGCUGUGGCUCUGGUGAGGGCGGAGGACUUUUCGUUCGCAAGGAUGUGCUGAUGGCCGGGGCCGUGAAUUUUAGCAACUGCAAAGCACAUCGACAAGGAGGGGGGCUAGCGCUGCUCCAGGGAUCUCUGCACCAGUUCAGCGGGAGCCUGGGCUUCGAGGGCUGCAGAUCUGGCGAGGGCGGCGGCGGAUGCAUGUACGUCAACCAUGGCGAGCUGCGUUUGGCCGGAAACCUGUCAAUGGCAGAUUGUAGUUCUUUGGGGUCGGGUGGCGGCCUUUUGAUGACAAGAGGAGGUGUGUGGCAGCGAGAGACCGGCACAUUGACGUUCGAUGGCUGUCAUGCUUUUGGUGGCAAUGGUGGUGGGAUGGCUACCUGCAGCAUUGUCUCCAAGGGGAUUCUGGGCUUUUCCAGCUGUAGCGCCUUUCAAGGUGGAGGAGGCCUAUACAUCAGCACGGGCAAUGGUUCCAUCCAGCAAGACACCGGCCGCUUAACUUUCCAGAACUGCACAGCCGGGAAACGUGGCGGCGGAUUCUACCUUGGAUCUGCGCGGCCUGGGAAGCUCGGGGACGUGUCCUUCCACCGCUGCACGACAGAUGGCAAUGCUGGCACCAUCUAUGCCGAAUCGGAUCUUUUGAAUGUCUCCAACCUCACAAUCUUCGAGCCCCACAGUGAAGACUUCGACUUUAUUUCAGAAGGCACACUUGUGCUCAACGACAUCCAUCUGCCUGGCAUGAACCAGACGUUCAGUGUUGGCAUAAAAGCCAGGAGCCUUGCUGCCGGGGUCGUGAACUGCACGCGCCUCAAGUCGUGCAGCCUGGCGGCGCCAAAGUACCUGCUCGCAGACCUCGCGUGUCCACCGGGAACUGGAGUCGAGGAAGGGAACGGACUCAAAAGCUGCACAGCUUGCAAAGAUGACUAUACCAACCUGGAGUCAGCAAGUGGUUCAAACUGCGUGCCUUGCCCGACACACACUGAGUUUUGCUACACGACAAAGUUCAAGAUGACAGCAGGGCACAUGGUCAAGCAAGCGAACAUCAGUUCGACCAUCUUCUGUCCCAACCCAGCCGCGUGUCCGGGUGGAGUCUCCACGGACUUCUCAAGGAUGUGCGCUGAAGGUUAUGAGGGCCGGGCAUGUGCAUACUGUAAAGCGGGCUACGCCAUCUCCGACACGAGUGUUCUGCAAUGUGAAUACUGUACCAGGGUUUGGUGGCGACUGCUGUUGCAAUGGGCGUUCAUGCUUGUAAAGCAUGUGGUCCCUUUCGCAGCAGCAUCUCAAAGCGCGCUGCAAGUCGAGGGCGCCGAGGAACCCAAGCGGAGCGGUGUGCUUCUCAACCAGCUGAUGUCCUUCGCCACGGUUGCUGGCACCCUAUUGACUGUAGCCGCCCAGAGCAGUGCGAUUCGGGAUGCCAAGCUGAAGGCAGCAAGCCUUACACAGGCUGUGAUCGAUGCAGCUGGCAUCGCAACAGACUUCGUUUCAGGGACAGGCUCCGGCGGCGUAGGGAGCUCGUCCGCUUGCUUGCUGUCCUUUGCGGGCCUCCACGGAAAGCUCUGGCCAGCCCACUUGCUCCACACUGCCAUCCCGGCUGCCAUGGUCCUCGUCCUUGUUGCGUUCCGCCCCAAAGCACAGCAUGGAGUUGUGCUGGUCGUAGGCCUCAACUGUUUCUGGCCUGUGAUCUUCAGCUACUUUGGCAAGUAUCUUUACUGCUUUCAGUUCAAACCUGAAAUCACUGGGCUGGAGAAGACCUACGACUGCCCCUUCGUAAAUGAGGAAUCCCACCGCCACGUCGUCCGCAUCCUGAUGGUCUCGGCCUUCCUGGCGGUGUCUUACGUUUGGAUCCGCCUUUCACUGUCCGAGGAGGAUGGGGCAAAGCCACCGCUCCACGUUAUCUUCCUGAGCCGGGCAUACCGGAAGAGUUGCCGGCUUUGGGAGUCCGAGCGUCUCAUGAGGAAGACGUUGCUCACGCUCGCAGUGUCCGCCCUGCCCAUCACUUCUUCGCCAUCUCUCCAGCUGGUCUGCAUCGCAACCAUUGUCAUGGGGUCUCUCUUUCUGCAUGCCGCGCUUCUGCCUUACAAGACGAUGAGCUUCAAUCUGACGGAAUGCACACUUUUGGCGACGGCGGCACUCAUGACAGCUAUCGUCACCGGCCUGACGGCUUACGACCACUAUUGGGGCCGCACAAUGCUCGUGGAGUAUCUCAUGAUUUUCUCCGUUGUGGGCAUGGCCACUUUGACCUGUGCUGCCAUGAUCUUCCUGAUCGUCAAG